UACCCUUGUACGCCUUAUGGCUGGAUGCUUUACAGCCGUUUCCAUGUAGAUGUCUGUGCAUAUGUGCACACGCAAAACUCUCCGCAGUUUUGGAGAUCUCCGUGUUCAGUCCUACCUCACAUGAUCUUGCACGGUCAACGUUCAGAACCAAGGCCUUAGACCAUGCAUCUCCCAAACUUAAUUAUCUGACUCCUUCCUGUUUUCCCAAGACUUGGCAGGCGUCUAGGUCAGAGUUGUUCAAACUGAGGGUUAUGAACUAGUGUGUCACGAAAUCAAUUUAAUAGGUUGCAACCAACAUUUUUUUGGAAAAAAAAAAAAAAAAGCCAGACGAGGUGGCUCACGCCUAUAAUCCCAGCACUUUGGGAGGCUGAGGCAGGCGGAACACUCGAGUUCAGGAGUUCGAGACCAGCCUGGCCAACAUGGUGAAACCCUGUCUCUACUAAAAAUACAGAAAUUAGCUGGGCGUAGUGACGUAUGCCUGUAAUCCCAGCUACUUGAGAGGCUGAGGCACGAGAAUCACUUGAACCCAGGAGGCAGAGGUUGCAGUGAGCUGAGAUCACACUGUUGCACUCCAGCCUGGGUGACAGAGUGAGACUCUGUCUCAAAAAUAAUAAAAAAUAAAAAAAAAAAAGAGAAUAAAAUAUCAGUGCAUUUCACAUAGUAAAGGUAAGAAUUGUGGAAGUUUUGUUGGUGUGUAUAUGUAGAUGAUACUUAAUCUUCAGACUGAGACAUGUUCGAGCAUGAAAGUAGCUGUUAAUAUAAUUACUCUGGGACCAAAGCUGUAAUCUAGGAUUGUCUCCAGCCAGCCAAGACACAUGGUCACCUCUAUGUUUGUACUCAGUCAGCAUAUAAAAUGUAUUAUAGACAUUUCAAUGGUUGCCCAGCUUUGUCCCUGGCUUUCACGCUCCCAUUCCCCCAAUCUGUCCUCCACACAACUUCAUGAACUGUCUGAAAUACAAAGCUUACCACACUGCAUCCUUACCCAGAACUCUUCAGGGAAGCCCCGUGGCCUACAGCAUCACAUUCACUGUCAUCCAGGGGCCUUCAAAAUCCAGGAUCCUUGGCCGGGCACAGUGACUCAUGCCUGUAAUCCCAGCACUUUGGGAGGUCGAGGUGGGUGGAUCCCUUAGUCCAGGAGUUCUAGACCAUCCUGGGCAACAUGGUGAAACCCUGUCUCUACAAAAAAAUACAAAACUUAGCUGGGCAUGGUGGUGUGCACCUGUAGUCCCAGCCACUUGGGAGGCUGAGGUGGGAGGAUCACUUGAGCCCAGGAGAUCAAGGCUGCAGUGAGUUGUGAUGGCACCACUGCACUCCAGGCUGGGAGAAAAAGCAAGACCCUGUCUCAAAAAAACAAAAACGCAAAACAAAAUCAAGUACCCUCCAGCUUACCUUCUCCUUCCUACCUCCAGCCCACCUGACUAUCAAGUGUUUCCAUCACCGCAGCAUCUACAUUUCUUGACUAGAGCAUUCACCUUCCAAAGCCAGCUCAAUCAUCACCCAUUGAACAGCCUAAGUCAAGCACUUCCCCUUGGUGUCAAACAUUUACAACAGAAAUUUUUGUUAGUCCAUGGGCCAUGCAUCCUCCUACAUUAUUGACAUGGCCUUCCCUCCCCGUAAAACAAGUGAUUCUAGAUUUUAUAAAUGUUUAUAUAUUUGUGUAAGAAUAUACAAAUGGUUAUUUAUGUGCUAGGAAUAUAUAUGCUGGUUUUGAAGUGUCAAAUCUCAAAAAGUAUUACUUUUGGAUGGUAGGUUUACUAAUGUGUUAAUCUCUAAAAUUUCUACAGAGAAUUUGCAUCAUUUGUAUAAUUCAGGAAAAAAAGAAACAGGAUAGAAAAUGAAAAAUUCAGUUUCUAUUCCCUGUUGGUAGUUUAGUGCAUAGUUUUCUAAACUUUUUAGUAUGCUUAUAUGUAAUGUUUCAUUUUUUAACAUUAAAAUAAUUUUAGAUGUACAGAAAUGUUGCAAGAAUAAUACACAAUUGGUUAGGUGCAGUGGCUUAUGCCUGUAAUCACAGCACUUUGGGAGGUCAAGGUGGGUGGAUUGCUUGAGGCCAGGAGUUUGAGCUCAGCCUGGCCAACAUGGUGAGACCCCAUCUCUACAAAAAAUACAAAAUUUAGCCAGGUGUGGUGGCAUGCACCUGUAGUCCCAGCUACUUGGGAGGCUCAGGCACAAUAAUUGGUUGAACCCAGGAGGCAGAGGUUGCAGUGAGCUGAGAUUGCACCACUGCACUUCAAUCUGGGCAACGGUGAGACUGUGUCUCAAAAAAAUAAUAAUAAUACAUAAAAGAUUUUUAAAUGGAUAAAUUUGACUACAUGAAAGUUUAAAACUUUUGUGCUUCAAGCAAUACCAACUAGAAAACAAAAAGACAACAGACAGAAUGCAAGAAAAUGUUUGAAAUAAUAGUAUCUCACUACAGUCUAAGAUGCAGAAUAUAUUAAGAACAUUUAGAACUCAGUAAAAAAGAUAAAUAACCCAAUUAAAAACUGGGCAAAAGAUGUGAAUAGAAAUUUCUUCAAAGAAGAAACUCAACUGGGCAAUAAGCACAUGUAAAAAAAUCAGGCUGGGCAUGGUGGCUCAGGCCUGUAAUCUCAACACUUUGGGAAGCUGCGGUUGGAGGAUUGCUUGAGGCCAGGAGUUUGAGACCAGAUUGGGCAACAUAGCAAACCCUGACUCUACAGAAAAAUUUAAAAGUUAGCCGGAUAUGGUGGUGUGCAUCUGAGGGCCCAGCUACUCAGGAGGUUGAGGUAUGAUUAUUGCUUGAUUCCAAGAAUUUGAGGCUGCAGGGAGCUAUGAUUGAGCCACUGUAUUCCAGCCCAGGAGACAGAGCAAGACCCUGUCUCCUUGGGAAAAAAAAAAAAAAGGCUGGGCAGUGGCUCACGCCUGUAAUCCCAGCACUUUGGGAGGCCGAAGAGGGCGGAUCAUGAGGUCAGGAGUUUGAGACCAACCUUGCCAAUAUGGUGAAACCCCAUCUCUACUAAAAAUACAAAAAUCAGCUGGGCAUGGUGGUACAUGCCUGUAAUCUCAGCUACUUGGGAGGCUGAGGCAGGAGAAUCGCUUGAACCUGGGAGACAGAGGUUGCAAUGAGCCGAGAUUGUACCACUGCACUCCAGCAGCCUGGGCAACAGAGCGAGACUCCUUCGAAAGAGAAAGAAAGAGAGAGAGAGAGAGAGAGGGAGGGAGGGAGGGAAAGAAAAAGAAAGAAAAGAAAGAAAAAGAAAGAAAGAAAAGAAAAGAAAGAAGGAAGGAAGGAAAGGAAAGGAGGAAGGAAGGAAGGAAAAGAAAAAAAGAAAGAAAGAAAGAAAAGGAAAGAAAGAAAGAAAGAAAGAAAAAGAAAGGGCCUGGUGUGGUGGCUUACAUCUAUAAUCCCAGCAGUUUGGGUGACUGUGGUGGGAGGAUCACCCGACCCAGGAGUUCAGGACCAGCUUGGGCAACAUGGCAAGACCCCAUCUCUACAAGAAAAAAAUUUUUUUUCUUCACCAAAAGCAGAUACUUGAAAAAAUUUUAAGAAUUAGUAGAGCACGGUGGCGCAUGCCUGUAGUCCCAGCUCUGAUUGCUUGGGCCUAGGAGGUUGAGGUUGCUGUGAGCCCCAUUCACGCUACUGCAUUCCAGCCUGGGAAACAGAGCAAGACCCUGUCUUAAAAUAAUAAUCAUAAGUCAUAAGGGAAGUGCAAAUCACAGCUAUAAUGAGAUACCACUUCACACCCUCUAGGAUGGCUGUAAUUAAAGGGACAGACAACAAGUGUUGACAAAGAUGUGGAGAAGUUGGACCCCUCACACAUUCUGGUGCGACUAUAAAAUGGUGCAGUCAUUUUUGGAAAACAGUUUAGCAGUUCCUCAGAAAGUUAAGUGAUACCAAGUAUGGUGGCUCAUGCCUGUAAUCCCAGCACUUUGGGAGGCCAAGACAGGUGGAUCACCUGAGGUCAGGAGUUCGAGACCAGCCUGGUCAACAUGGUGAAACCUUGUCUCUACUAAAAAUAUAAAAAUUAUCCAAGUGUGAUGGUGCACACCUGUAAUCCCAGGUAUUCGGGAGGCUGAGGCAGAAUCGCUUGAACCCAGGAGGUGGAGGUUGCCAGGAGCCGAGAUCGCACCACUGCACUCCAGCCUAGGUGACAGAGCGAGACCCCCUCUCAAACAAACAAACAAAAACAGAAAUUAGCUGGGCAUGGUGGCCUGCACCUGUAAUCCCAGCUACUUAGGAAGCGAAGGCAGGAGAAUAGCUUGAACCUGGGAGGUAGAGGUUGCAGUGAGCCAAGAUCAUGCCACUGCAUUCCAACGUGGGCGACAGAGUGAGACUCCAUCUCAAAAAAAAAAAAAAAAAAGAAAAAGAAAACCUUGUGCUUUUAUUUUAAUGCUCAAUUAUUUACAGAAAAACAUAUAAUACCCUUUUGAAUUUAGUGUUCACACACAGAAUUUCUUUUGCAAGAAACCUUCCACAACUUGUUUAAACCUUUAGCUUUAUCUUAUUUAAAAUAAUCCUUUAACCCUAGACAAAAAUUUCCAUGUCCAUUCCUUCUUAGAACAUUUUACUGAGAUUUUAUGAUUAAUGAUUAUUUGCUAAGAUUAAGAGCCUUACCAAGUCUCUUGCCAAGUCCUGGGCUUUGCCAAGUUGUAAAGUAGGCAAGUUAAACAGUUCUCAAAGUCCAAAGAAGCAGUUUAUAACUGUAAAACAUUUAGCAAACCUAAUAUCUGUCCCAUAUAAUUUAGACCACCUGUCUACAUUUUCACAACAUUUGCAUUUUACCAGUAAUCUUUAAGACUGUUUUUAUUUCUCAAGGAUUAAAGUCACACGAACUAAAAGGUAUUACAGCUUUUAUUUUCCCUUCAAAAAUAUUUGAUCAAAGCACUUAUUUUCCUUUAGGCCAGUUAAUUAGAGCUCUCUCUCUCUCUUUUUUUUUUUUUUUGAGACGGAGUCUCGCUGUUUAGCCCAGGCUGGAGUGCGGUGGCAGGAUCUCAGCUCACUGCAAGCUCCGCCUCCUGGGUUCAUGCCAUUCUCCUGCCUCAGCCUCCUGAGCAGCUGGGACUACAGGCGCCUGCCACCACGCCUGGCUAAUUUUUUUGUAUAUUUAAUAAAGACGGGGCUUCACCGUGUUAGCCAGAUGGUCUCGAUCUCCUGACCUCGUGAUCUGCCCGCCUCGGUUUCCCAAAGUGCUGGGAUUACAGGUGUGAGCCACUGCGCCCGGCCUAGAGCUCUCUUUUUUUAUAGACAUCACACACAACACAUAUAACUGCACAGACAAACAGAAGCAGAUCCAGUAGCUACAAGAUUUUCUGUUCGCCAAUCUCCUAAUUGGACUAUUGGCCUCUAGUGGGGCUCUUUAAGAGCAGGGCUAGAAAAGCAUGCAGUUUUCAGGGCCCAAUAAACGGGGAUAGCUGGAAGACAAAAACAGACUUUGAGGGGGACCUAUCUGCUUUUAAUUGCUGAGUUUUCAAGAGAAAAACAGAAAUUUCUCCCAAAAUGGCAUGCAUGGCACCUUUUCUGUUCUUCUCAAGGAGCCCUAGGCCAUCAGAAAUUAUUUUAGGGCCUCAUGCGUGCAUUAAGGGUAGCAAGACAAAACGGAGAAAAGGAAUUCAGUCAACUGAGAAAAAAUCUUUUUCCAGAAGAACAAGAUCCAAAAAGAGAAAAACAUAAAGGUUUUAAAAAUAUCCACUUUUUUUGUUGUUUUUGAGACAGACUCUCGCUCUGUUGCCCAGGCCAGUGUGCAAUGGUGCAAUCUUGGCUCACUGCAACCUCCACCUCCCAGGUUCAAGCAAUUCACCUGCCUCAGCCUACUGAGUAGCUAGGACUACAGGCAAGUGCCACCACACCCAGCUAAUUUUUUUUUGUAUUUUUAGAAGGGACAGGGUUUCACCAUGUUGGCCAGGCUAGUCUUGAACUCAUGACCUCAGGUGAUCUGCCCACCUUAGCCUCCCAAAGUGCUGGGAUUGCCAGUGUGUCAGUGCACUCCCCCCAGAUAUCCACUUUUUAAAAAAAAUUUAUAUCCACUGCUUUAUUAAAGAUACAUAGUCUCAUAAGAGGAGAAGUAAUGUGUUCGCAGGCUAACAGAAAAUGCAUGUAUAUGAGAAAGAGAUGUGUGAGGUCCCUGAUCUGUGCUCUAAGGGAGUGGUCAGUCAGGCAGGGCCUUGGCCAACCAGUAAGGCAGAUGAAGGUCCCUGUCCUGGGGGACUCACUGCUCCUGGGUGCCCCAGGAGAUGUAGUCUCGCCGUGUGGCCACGUGGUACUCAUCCAUGAGCUGCUGCACAAUCUCCCUAGAUGUGUCCAUCUCAUCAAAGUUGUCUUUAAACGUGUCCUCCUUGCGGAACGGCUCCAGGAAGACCUCCCACUUUCUCAGCUUGUCAUAUUGGCGACAGGUUCUCUUGAAGAGUGAGGAGAUGCUGGUGUGGUUGGCCAUCAUGAGCCCACUGACCCAGUGGGCCAAGGGCAGGAUAGAAGUGGAAUUACUGGGCAAAGGGCAUUCAGAUUUGGGAGAAGUAGCCCCAGAAAUAAAAGCAUCAGAGAGACGAACAGCUGUGGCCAUUGCAGAUUUGGAAUGGAGAGAAAUGGAAGGAGAUGAUUGCGAGUUCCGUUAUGGAGAUGGUACAAAUGAAGCUCAGGACAAUGAUUUUCCAACAGUGGAGAGAAGCAGGCUUCAAGAAAUGCUGUCACUUUUGGGCCUAGAGAUGUACCAGGUCCAGAAACUCAGCCUCCAGGACUCUCUGCAGAUCAGUUUUGACAGUAUGAAGAACUGGGCCCCUCAGGUUCCCAAAGACUUGCCCUGGAAUUUCCUCAGGAAGCUGCAGGCCCUCAAUGCUGAUGCCAGGAAUACCACCAUGGUGCUGGACGUGCUCCCAGAUGCCAGACCUGUGGAGAAGGAGAGCCAGAUGGAAGAGGAGAUCAUCUACUGGGACCCAGCUGAUGACCUUGCUGCCGACAUUUAUUCCUUUUCUGAGCUGCCCACUCCUGAUACACCAGUGAACCCCUUAGACCUUCUCUGUGCCCUGCUGCUCUCCUCAGACAGUUUCCUGCAACAAGAAAUAGUGUUGAAAAUGGCCCUCUGCCAGUUUGCACUCCCGCUCGUGUUGCCUGACUCGGAGAACCACUACCAUACAUUUCUGCUGUGGGCCAUGCGGGGCAUUGUGAGGACAUGGUGGUCCCAGCCACCAAGGGGCGUGGGGAGCUUCCGGGAAGACAGCGUGGUCUUGUCCAGGGCGCCCGCCUUCGCCUUCGUGCGCAUGGACGUCAGUAGCAACUCCAAGUCCCAGCUUCUCAACGCCGUCCUCAGCCCAGGCCACAGGCAGUGGGACUGCUUCUGGCAUCGGGACCUCAACUUGGGCACCAAUGCCCGGGAGAUUUCAGAUGGGUUGGUAGAAAUUUCCUGGUUUUUUCCCAGCGGAAGGGAGGACUUGGACAUUUUCCCAGAACCUGUGGCCUUUCUGAACCUGAGAGGUGACAUCGGGUCUCACUGGCUGCAGUUUAAGCUCUUGACAGAAAUCUCCUCCGCUGUGUUUAUAUUGACUGACAAUAUCAGUAAGAAGGAAUACAAAUUGCUGUACUCGAUGAAGGAGUCAACCACAAAAUACUACUUCAUCCUGAGUCCCUACCGUGGGAAGCGCAACACAAACCUGAGAUUUCUGAAUAAGUUAAUUCCUGUGCUGAAAAUAGACCACUCGCAUGUCCUGGUAAAGGUCAGCAGCACUGACAGCGACAGCUUCGUGAAGAGGAUCCGGGCCAUCGUUGGGAAUGUGCUGCGGGCACCCUGCAGGCGGGUAUCUAUGGAGGACAUGGCGCAUGCAGCCCGCAAGCUGGGCCUAAAGGUUGACGAGGACUGUGAGGAGUGUCAGAAAGCGAAAGACCGGAUGGAGAGGAUUACCAGGAAAAUCAAAGACUCGGAUGCCUACAGAAGGGACGAGCUGAGGCUGCAAGGGGACCCCUGGAGAAAGGCAGCCCAAGUGGAAAAGGAGUUCUGCCAGCUCCAGUGGGCCGUGGACCCCCCUGAGAAGCACAGGGCUGAGCUGAGGCGGCGGCUGCUAGAACUUCGAAUGCAGCAGAAUGGCCACGAUCCCUCCUCGGGGGUGCAGGAGUUCAUCUCUGGGAUCAGCAGCCCCUCCUUGAGUGAGAAGCAGUACUUCCUGAGGUGGAUGGAGUGGGGCCUGGCACGGGUGGCCCAGCCACGACUGAGACAGCCUCCAGAGACGCUUCUCACCCUGAGACCAAAGCACGGGGGUGCCACAGACUUGGGGGAGCCGCUCUGGCCUGAGCCCCUAGGGGUGGAACACUUCUUGCGGGAGAUGGGACAGUUUUAUGAGGCUGAGAGCUGUCUUGUGGAGGCAGGGAGGCUGCCGGCAGGCCAGAGGCGUUUUGCCCACUUCCCAGGCUUGGCCUCGGAGCUGCUGCUGACAGGGCUGCCUCUGGAGCUAAUCGAUGGGAGCACCCUGAGCAUGCCCAUCCGCUGGGUCACGGGGCUCCUGAAGGAGCUGCACGUCCGACUGGAGAGACGGUCAAGGCUGGUGGUUCUGUCAACCCUCGGGGUGCCAGGCACGGGCAAGUCCACACUCCUCAACACCAUGUUUGGGCUGCGGUUUGCCACAGGGAAGAGCUGCGGUCCUCGAGGGGCCUUCAUGCAGCUCAUCACAGUGGCUGAGGGCUUCAGCCAGGACCUGGGCUGUGACCACAUCCUGGUGAUAGACUCCGGGGGCUUGAUAGGUGGGGCCUUGACGUCAGCUGGGGACAGGUUUGAGCUGGAGGCUUCCUUGGCCACUCUGCUCAUGGGACUGAGCAAUGUCACCGUGAUCAGCCUAGCUGAAACCAAGGACAUUCCAGCAGCUAUUCUGCAUGCAUUUCUGAGGUUAGAAAAAAUGGGGCACAUGCCCAACUACCAGUUUGUAUACCAGAACCUUCAUGAUGUAUCUGUUCCCGGCCCCAGGCCCAGAGACAAGAGACAGCUCCUAGAUCCACCUGGUGACCUGAGCAGGGCUGCAGCCCAGAUGGAGAAACAGGGCGACGGCUUCCGGGCACUGGCAGGCCUGGCUUUCUGCGACCCUGAGAAGCAGCACAUCUGGCACAUCCCUGGCCUGUGGCACGGAGCACCUCCCAUGGCCGCAGUGAGCUUGGCCUACAGUGAAGCCAUAUUUGAAUUGAAGAGAUGCCUACUCGAAAACAUCAGGAAUGGCCUGUCGAACCAAAACAAAAACAUCCAGCAGCUCAUUGAGCUGGUGAGACGGCUGUGAGUGUGCAGAGAAACCCAGUUCAGGUGUAGGAGGCUGCUGUGGGCAGCCCUGUCUGAUGGGGCAUCUGUGUGGGGCUGUGCCCUGGUGCCUGAGAAUGGCUGGUGCCCAAUCGACAUGAGAAGACAAGCAAAAGACAGAGGGUUUGGAGUCUCCUCAACAGUGUUAAGAGAGGAAGUGACCUCACAGACCAGCUCAGAGAUGUUAGCAGGAAUAUCACAGCCCCCAGGGUAGGGAGACAAGCAGCAGUUUGUUCUGUCUCAGCUCCUGUCAAGAAUCCUGCGGGGUGGGCCCUCUGUAUAGCUGCUCUCUGUCACUGGCACCUGGAGUGGGAGCAGCAUCCUCAGUCACUGCAGGCCCAGGCGGGCAGGUGGUCCCAGGACAGAGGUGGGGAAGUUGUCCUGAGGAAGCAGAAGUAGGCCUUGCUCCCGCCCAACCCAAGGGCCUCCAGUGGACCAGCAUUCGAGAUGUGAGUGCCCGUGGUGUGCAAGGCACUCCCAUGGCACUGUAUUUAUUGACUGAUCUGUGAAGGCUUCCCUGACCCCUGCCCAGGAAGAGUUCAUUGGUCGCUCUGUUGUGACCCACAGCACUUUGUUAUACCUCUGCCACACACUUCACGCAGCGCGUUGUAACUCAUGUGUUUACAUGUCUGUCCCCCAGACUGUGAGCUCCUUGAGGGCAGGGACUGUACAUUCUCCAGCUCUGUGUCCCCAGGGCCUGGCACAUUGUAGACGCUUAAUAAAUGUCUGUUGAAUGAA